GUCUAACGCCUUCCUGGUGUGAGCCUCAGAAGUAGAAAGAACACCCAGCAAUUGCUUUGAAACACCAGGAGCUGGCAGAUGAUGGACAGGAAACAGACAGCCGAGACCCUGCUGUCCUUGUCUCCUGCUGAUGUUGCCAACCUCAAGGAAGGAGUCAAUUUUUGUCGAAAUAAGACUACUGGGAAAGAGUACAUUUUAUACAAGGAGAAGGACCACCUAAAGGCAUGCAAGAACCUCUGCAAGCACCAAGGAGGCCUGUUCAUGAGAGAUAUCGAGGAUUUAGAUGGAAGGUCCGUUAAAUGCACAAAGCACAACUGGAAGUUAGAUGUGAGCACCAUGAAGUAUACCAACCCUCCAGGGAGCUUCUGUCAAGACGAGCUUGUUGUGGAAAUGGAUGAGAACAAUGGGCUUUGCCUUGUAGAACUGAACCCUCCUAACCCCUGGGACUCUGACCCCAGGUCUCCUGAAGAAUUAGCUUUUGGGGAAGUACAGAUAACAUAUCUCACUCAUGCCUGCAUGGACCUCAAGUUGGGAGACAAGCGGAUGGCGUUUGAUCCUUGGUUAAUUGGCCCUGCUUUUGCCCGAGGGUGGUGGUUGCUACACGAGCCUCCAUCGGACUGGCUGGAGAGACUGUGCAAAGCAGACCUCAUUUACAUCAGCCACAUGCACUCAGACCACCUGAGUUACCCUACCCUGAAGCAGCUUUCCCAGAGACGACCAGACAUCCCCAUUUAUGUUGGUGACACAGAAAGGCCUGUGUUUUGGAAUCUCAAUCAUAGCGGUGUCCAAUUAACUAACAUCAACGUGGUUCCAUUUGGAAUAUGGCAACAGGUAGACAAAAAUCUUCGGUUCAUGAUCUUGAUGGACGGCGUUCAUCCUGAGAUGGACACGUGCAUCAUCGUGGAGUACAAAGGUCAUAAAAUCCUCAACACAGUGGACUGCACCAGACCCAACGGGGGAAGGCUGCCUGAGAAAGUUGCUCUAAUGAUGAGUGAUUUCGCUGGAGGAGCAUCAGGCUUUCCCAUGACUUUCAGUGGCGGAAAAUUUACUGAGGAAUGGAAAGCCCAGUUCAUUAAGGCAGAAAGAAGAAAACUUCUGAACUACAAAGCUCAGCUGGUGAAGGAUCUGCAGCCUCGAAUCUACUGCCCAUUUGCUGGGUACUUUGUGGAAGCUCACCCAUCUGACAAGUAUAUUAAGGAAACAAACACCAAAAACGACCCAAAUCAACUCAACAACCUUAUCAAGAAAAACUCGAAUGUGGUGACAUGGACCCCUCGACCUGGAGCUACCCUUGACCUGGGCAGGAUGCUGAAGGACCCAACUGACAGCAAGGGCAUUGUGGAACCUCCGGAAGGGACCAAAAUUUACAAGGAUUCCUGGGACUUUGAGCCAUACCUGAAGACCUUGAAUUCUUCUGUCAGAGACUCAAUCUUCCUUCACUCAUCCUGGAUUAAAGAAUACUUCACUUGGGCUGGAUUUAAGAAUUACAACCUGGUAGUCAGGAUGAUUGAAACAGAUGAAGACUUCAGUCCUCUGCCUGGAGGGUACGACUAUCUAGUGGACUUUCUAGAUUUAUCCUUUCCGAAAGAAAGACCCAGCCGGGAGCAUCCUUAUGAAGAAAUCCGCAGCCGUGUGGAUGUCAUCAGGCACGUGGUGAAGAACGGCCUGCUGUGGGAUGACCUGUAUAUUGGAUUUCAGACCCGAUUGCAGCGGGACCCUGAUAUAUACCAUCAUCUGUUUUGGAAUCAUUUUCAGAUAAAACUCCCUCUAACACCACCUAACUGGAAGUCGUUCCUAAUGCGCUGUGGUUAGGCUGGACCUGGACAUCCCGGAUGUACUAAUGUGUCUCUAAGGAACUGUAAUUGUUACCCAGAGUUUUCCUUUGCAUGUUGUUUUUCCUUCACCUGCUGACAGGACAGUCAAGUGCAGUCUCUGACUGUCACCUACCUCUUGAUUUUGACCUCAGAAUCAACGCCUAACUCUAAUCAAUGAGAGACAGAUCUAUCUCCUCAUUAAAAUCAGCAACAUGAAUGGUAGAUUAUUCUUGUUUUCAGCACACUAGGAAAAAUAUAAGUGCUUAGAAAUUAGACUUUGUGAUUUAUACUACAGAGCAAAUUAUUCAGUUACUAUUAAAAUAAUAUGUUUAUUCAAAUAUUUGUUCAGAUGUAUAUGAUGGACAAAUAAAAGAUUAUUUUAAAAUA